AUGCGAGAGCUCUUGAUUGGAGUUCAAUGCGACUUUCGUCCAAGCAGGAGCCUCACAAUCCCGUGGUUCAGAGGAGUUCCGCCCACCGAUUCCGAACGGAUCCAGACAGCCUGGGCUGGUGCUCCUGACUUUGACGGUGUGGAACAGUCUGACCCCACUGUCGAAUCUUGGACUACUUCACUUUCCUUCCAGAACCGCAAGUUCUCUCCUCGCGUCUCCCUAAGGGCGACCAGCCGACUUGUCCGAAACUGUUUGGUGAAAGAUGGUGAAAGACGGAACGAUGUGCUCCGAGACGUUUUGCAGCAAGCGGGCUACGUACAUCGAGGGGCAUCGGAUGCACAGCUGCACAAUGGUUUCGCAGCUCGAUCGUGCGAGGCAAUUGAGCUGAGAUCCGAAGAUGCAACAUCCGCUUCAGUGGCCCACACAAAAAAUGACAAGAGAGGGAAAUCCAGUGCAAGAAUUUAUGCCGCUGAUGAGCCGACGCGGCAUUCCUGA